UCACGUUCCCCCAGCUCCGUUCACUUUGACUGCAAAACCCAAACAUGUCUUCGAGAUUUGCUUGCUUACGCACUGCGCGUUUGGCUGCGCGAUACCCGCUGCGGCGAAGAUAUGCAACAACUGCAUCCGACUUCGUGCGCAUCGUGGAGGUCGGCCCACGCGACGGGUUACAGAACGAGAAGCAGAGCAUACCAGUCGCUACCAAGAUCGAGCUUAUCAACAAGCUGGCCCAGACUGGAUUGAAAACAAUUGAAGCUGGAUCCUUCGUAUCGCCCAAAUGGACACCGCAGAUGGCAAAUUCGUCCCAAAUCCUCGAACAUAUUCUCAAGACCCCGCCCGCAGCUUCACAUCCCAUCACGUACCAAUGGCUCCUUCCGAACGUCAAAGGCCUGGACAAUUUCCUGUCUAUAUGGCAAGCUAAGGCGGGGGGAAAUAACGAAUACCCUACACCUCCGCCAUCCCCUGGCGGCGAUGCGGCAUCUGGCGCGGGAGCGAACAUUCACGAAAUUUCCAUAUUCACUGCUGCGACUGAGACGUUUACCCAGAAGAACACAAACUGUUCGAUAGCAGAAUCUCUGCAGAGAUUCGAGCCCAUUAUGGCACGAGCGAAGGAAGCCGGUCUCAACGUACGGGCCUACAUUUCAGUCGCUCUCGGCUGCCCCUAUGAAGGACCAAAUGUCAACCCGCACAAAGUUGCCGAACUCGCCGUGAGCCUUUUGGAGAUGGGCGCAGAUGAGAUAUCAGUAGCUGACACCACGGGCAUGGGGACCGCGCCGAAGACUGCGGAGCUCCUCAAGACGCUCAGUGCAGCUGGUAUUGAGAAGAGUGACCUGGCCCUGCAUUUCCACGACACAUAUGGACAGGCAUUGGUCAACUCUCUUGUCUCGCUUGAGCAUGGUAUUCGCACAUUUGACUCCGCGGUUGCCGGUCUCGGCGGCUGCCCCUUUAGCCCUGGUGCGACAGGAAACGUUGCUAGCGAAGAUUUGGUCCACUGCUUCCACAGCUUGGGCUUGAAGACCGGGGUUGAUAUCGAGAAGUUGUCAGAGGUCGGAGAGUGGAUCUCAUAUGAGAUCGGGCGCCCGAACGAGAGCAGGGCAGGAAAGGCCACCAUGGCACAGGCAAGGAAAAGGGUGGCGUAGGUACUGUAAGAGUAUCAUAACACUAGUAACAUAUAUGCAGCCGUUACACAGUCGAGUUCAGAUUUGCCAUCUGCAAAUUGUACCAGUAAGGAAUAGCU